CUUUCCCGCUCGGAUGCAGUCCUAGGGCCUCCUCCCUUUCGGCCCGGAGGAGGGCGGACGGGCGGUCUUCUCCGCCCCGGGCCCGGCCCCGGGGGCGCCGAGGGAAGGAAUCGGCGAUUCUGACCGAACGGCGGACGACGCCGAGCGGCGUGGGCCGACGGCCAAGGUCGGUCGGUGGUAAAACCCGAGGGGAAUUACGCGCCGGCCACGUGGGUGCCGUCGACGUCGGCGGCGCGGCUUUUUGCCUCCGACCGGUCCGUUAAAGUUUCCGGCAUCCGAGCGAGGGAACAAAUCGCUUUUCCGUCCGGGCAGCGCCGAACCCAUGACUCAGGAAAGGUUCGUAUCGAUGAGCGAGACGGGCUACCUGUUGAGCGGUGCCAUCGAAAGCGCCGAAGAAGGAGAACGACAGCUGAAUCCUGUAUCGGUGCCAUCCGAUCCGUCCGUCUUUCCCAGCACCUCAGUUUAUCCUUGCUAUCCUAGUCUGGGAUACGAACAAACAGCGCCGUCCCCCAGUCUGCAGAUCGCCGCUGCGUGUCCUUAUCCAUCGGCCGAUCAAACCUAUUAUCAUCAUCAUCAUCAGCAACAACAACAACAACAACAACAACAUUACUACGGAUACGGACAGGUGCCCGAACCGCAUCGCUAUCCCGUAGUUCAAGCGCAACAAGUAUGUGACCCAUAUAUCAGAAUUAUAAAUCAACCAACAAAUAGAAUGAGAUUUCGAUACGGAAGUGAAAAAGGAUCUCAUGGAGCUUUAACAGGAAAAGAUUCGUCUCACAAAAGAAAGACUUUUCCAACAGUUCAAUUUCAGCCAACUUUUCAGAGCAGCAGUGACAAAAGAGAAGAUGGCUAUGAUGAUUGCCAAAUUUUGGAAUGGAGAUGACAUUUGAAGAAGAAGAAUAAAAGACUACUAAGUUACUAUUAAGUUUGAAGCUUCACUGAUAUGAGAGUUUCUUCAUAAGUCAUGGCAGCAUUUUCUUUUCCUAUCUAAUACCAAGUUCUGUCCAGAAUUUUAAAACAUGCUAUUGAGGAAUUAGAUAUCAGAGGCUGCUAGUCUCUGAUAUCUAACAUGACCACUGGAUUGUGCAGAUAUUCAAGGAUAUCAAAUAGAAUUAAGUGUAAAGUCAGUUUGUUUUCAGCCUUUGUUUAGAGUGAAUGUUAAUUAGCUAGAACAGCAGUGCUUGCUUGAAAUAGCUUGCUUUGUAGCAGAAACAUGAGAGAAUGUCAAGCAGAGCUUGUGAAAAUUUGGGUAAUCAUGCUGUACCAUUCAUAAUUGUUGCGAGCAGUGUUUCAAAGAAAAAAGAAGCUAAAGGGGCAUUUAUAUUCUGUUAUUGAUA